AUGGAUGACCAGCAUUCUGCUGCUGAAAUUCCACUUCCUUCUUCCCCUCCACAUACACCCGCCCAGAAUGGACAUGGAAAUCCGUCUAUAUCCGUUGCCCACAAACCAGACGCAGAUGCAUCCCACCGGUCAGGUCCUUCUCUUCAGUCAGAUUUGAAGCCGCAAAAAAUCGAGGAUUCGUUGGAGCACGAACCAUCCGCAGCAGAGAACGUACAAGGAAAUACAGAUGUUGCCGAUGAAGUCCUAGUUAGAGCACCCAUUCCGCAAAUCCAUGCACCAAUCCUUAGCAUGCAGGAGCAAGAGUUAUCGGUCUUGAACUCAACAACACCGAUGACAGAAGAACAAAUGGACGGAAAUGCAGGCGCUGUCGAUGAAGCCGUCAUUGCAGUGUCGGAUUCACGGAUCCCUGCGCCGAAUUCUGACAUUCAGGAGAGGGAACUCCCAGUUCCAGAGCCAGAGUCUUCCCUAGAACUUACGCCUACAUUGAAAUCGGCAGAGCCGUCUUCUUCCAUUGUCCGGGAAAUUCCCCCAGUGCCUUCUCCCCCCGUAUUCAACUCUAACAACUUCAAAGAAUCCUAUCAUCCGAAGACACCUGGCUGUCCGCUUUCAGGCAACAACUCGGUUUCAUCUGUACUUAUAUCUUCUGCACUCGAAACCAUUGCUUCCUCCAAGGAUGCGAAGCGUUCUGCUCCUCUGAAAGAGAGCACCCAAAAGGUUCUGGACCUCAUCCGUAGCAACCAGGGCGGUGCGGAUUACAAUUCUCCUCCGAACUCACCGGGUCCAUCCCUCGAGGAUAACCUACCAUCCCUGGUUGACCUCGUUGCUCAUACAACGAUCGCUUGUCAUACAGAAAAUACACCCGAUGCGGUAUCCCUACAAAUCGUGAAAGCUCUACUAUCACUGGUUCUCUCUCCUACCAUCCUAGUUCACCAUUCUUCGUUGUUGAAGGCGGUCCGAACUGUGUAUAACGUCUUCCUCCUGAGUACAGAUGUUGUGCCUCAGAUGGUUGCACAAGGUGGUCUUACUCAGAUGGUGCAUCACGUCUUCACGCGUUGUAGGAUUAGAGAUUAUCCCCCAUCGAUCGACAGCGCGACCUUAUCCCGAAGCCCAAGUCAAACUAGCUUUGCUUCUCCAAAACACCUUCCGUUUACUAUCCCAUCCCCAAUAACGUCGAUAGCAAUCAAUGGGCAUAAUACGCACGACCUCAUACACCAAGCACAAUGCUUCUGCUUCGACAGCGCCACUGCCACAGGAGACCGCGAGCCCGCUACCUGUUACCACUGA